AUGCAAGCCAAUUUCUUGAUAGCUUUCAUUUGUUUUGCUGUUGCUGCUGUUAUUGCUCAAGUUGUUCCUAAUGUUGAACAACUCAAAGCCCAAUCCCUCCAAAAAAGAGAUGAAGAUCUUAUGGAACCUGUUUUCAGAAACUUGCCAAGCAAAGAUUAUGAUUACAUUAUGUUGCAAUUGAAACAAUUGCAAAUUGCUAAAGGUAAUGUUUCCAAGUGUGACCAAUGUAAAAACAAAAUGAGAUUUGUUAAAAAGUUGAUUGAUGAAAAACCAGAAAAAGCUCAUUUGACUACUUUGAUGAUGUACAAGGAUUGCGUUUUGAAUACAACUCCAUAUAUGUACUGUACCAUUGGAAACUUCUUUGUUACCACCAAGGCUUACACUGACAAAAAGUUUGACCAAAAAUUUGAAUCUGGUAUUGAUGGUUACGAUGUUGUCAACUUUCUUGACAACGAUUUCUUGGACUUUUUAGGAAGAUUCAAUACUUCAGAUGAAUUUGAUCUUGAGUAUUAUUGUCAUGCACAAAUGGGAAGUUGUGAUCUUCCAGAUCUUGAAACUGUGGUUGAUUCCUUCAACAUUGAAAGCUGGUGGCCAGAAAAAAAACCACAACAUUACUCCGAACCAAUCUACAACAAGACCAACAGAGAAAGAUUCAAUGUCUUGCAUAUGAGUGAUGCUCAUAUCCAAUUCACUUACGAACAAGGUAAUGAAGCCAAAUGUUCCCAAUUAGUGUGUGGUCUUACCAAAUCUUUUAACAACAAAUUAGUUGAAAAAAACUAUAAUUUCACCAGUGCCUUUGCUGCAGACAAUCCAAACAAGAGUCCAAAAGACUUUAAAUUCUCCUUUUACCCUGAUGCCCAUUAUGAUGGAGAAAAAUACGUUAAAGGUGAAUAUUACGAUUUCCCAAAAUCUCGUGGCUGGAACUUUAACUUUCAACCUGCUACUGUCUUUGGUGCUUAUUUGAGUGACACACCAGAAAUCUUGGUUAACAAUUCUUUAAUUGAAAUGGCUAAAAUGCACAAAGAGAAAAACUUUGAAUUUGCUCUUUACAAUGGUGACACUGCUGAACAUGAUUUGCAAAGUGUUACUGUUGACUUGGUUAAAAGUGAAGAAAUCCGUACUUUCAAAGCCAUGAGACAAUACCUUAAUGGAAUUCCAGUUCUUCCAAGUAUGGGUAACCACGAUACCGCUCCAUAUGGUUUGUUAGCUCCUUUGAAACUUGAUUACAACAACAGUUACUCAUGGAACAAUAAUGAAAUGGUUGAUGUAUGGAUUGGAAAUGAAUGGUUUGAAAAAAGUGAAAAACAAACUAUGAAAGACCACUAUGCUGCCUUCUCCUAUGAAACAGAAAGAGGCUUGAAAAUCAUUACUUUGAACUCAAAUACUUACUAUCAAUCUAACACAUGGAGAUUCCUUAAUGCUUCAUCUGAUCCUGAUCUUUUCGGUGGUUGGAAGUUUUUGGUUGAUGAAUUGAUCGAAAGUGAAAAGAAAAACCAAAGAGUUUGGAUUAGUGCUCAUGUUCCACCGAACAAAGAUGAUGUUAUGCCAAUUGAUUCAUUAAUUUUCCAAAAAAUUGUUAGAAGAUUUGCUCCUUACACCAUUGCCAAUCUUUAUUAUGGACACACUCAUAAUGAUCAAAAAAUCGUUGCUUAUUCUGAUGCCAAAUCACCAAAACCAAACCAACCAAUCACAUCUGCUUGGGUCAUUCAAUCACUUACUCCAUUUGGUAACCAUAACCCAGCAUUUAGAUACUAUGAAGUUGAAGAUGAAAGUUUCAACAUUAUCAAUUCUUUCAACUACUAUACUAAAUUGAACGAAACUUAUGUUAAUGGUGGUGAUGAACCAGUUUGGGAAUAUGAAUAUUCUGCUAGAGCUGCUUACGACCCAAACAAUGAAUGGCCAGCAAGUGCUCCACUUAACGCUACCUUCUGGGAUAAAUUUGCUAUUAGCAAAAUGAAAGAUCCCACUAACAUCAAGUUUAACCAAAUGUAUACCGACUACCAGUACAGAUUUAGUCCUUACACUCCUAACUGUACUCAUCCAUCGGGUAAAAACAUUACUACUUCAUGUUAUGUCAACAAUUAUUGUAAUGCUGCUAAUCUCGACAUUGUUUCUGUCGAAGAAUGUAUGAAGAAAUAG